GUAGGCAGUUCCUUUAACCUGGAUGAUCAAAAAAAUUCAUUGCUCUGAGGGAAUGCACUUAUCAAAUCAGCAGAAAGGUUCCUCUGAUGGUAUUGACAGAAAUGAUAAUUUAGAAAGCCUUGAAUCAUCAGAAAUGUUUACCAUGCGACACACAUCCUCCAAUGAUUCAUCUAGUAUUGUACUGACUGAAUUAUUUGCAACAGGUGCUUCUCCUUUGGGUGGUGAACUUGUUCCCAAUGGAUGUGAAAAUCAGGAUGAAUCCUUGCAUAUGGAAUUGCUGGAUGAUAAAUCUGAAGAUCUGUAUUUGAUUGUGAAGAAACUUGAGAAUCUACUGAUUGAUCAACAGAAGGAAUUUCUAGAGCUUAAAAAGAAGCAUGAUAUGGCUGUAGCAGAAACCUUGAAAGAACUGCAUCCAGCACUUCAAAGUAAAGCUUUAAAUGGAUGCCGCUUGAAAAUUCCUGUUUAUAAUAUAGCAUACAUUGAGGAUGAAGGGCACCCAGCUAAUCCAUAGAUUCAUAUUUCAUGCUAACAACAGAAUCAC